AACAAACUCCACGGGACCGUGUUUGAUCCACCAGAUAGGUACUGAGCAGACCACGCCUUCACAGCUGACACAAACAAAGCUUACUGCGAAUAAACCUAACAAAAAUCUACCGUCAUUUAGUGAGUUAUCAGCUUCUCUUCAUGCUGCUCUGGACUGAUAAUGCAGCUGUCCUGUGAGUCAGUGAGACAUGCAGAGGACCGAAGACCGGCCAGCUGCAAGGUGACCAGUGGAAUGUGAAGCUGAAUAAAGUCCCUGCUGAAGCCAUAGAGAGCUUCAUAUCUGCCGGAUUCAUCAGGGUUUAUCCUGAUAUCACCCUGAAAACUCUGAGGACAGAGCUGAGAGCUUUUCUUGGCGCUGAGAGGAGCAUCGACAAAUUCUCUUUUCUGAAAUGUGUGGGGCGCAGUUUGGCUCUGGUCAAGAGCAAACAGGAGGGGGAUCUCAAAGUGAAGACAUUCGCGCCACCGCCCCGCAGCCGGAGCUCUACCUGCUGCCCGCUGUGGAGAGCGACAGCAGUGUUUGCUCCCAGUCUCUCACCCCAGACACCAGCAGCAGCUCGCCGGACCAGCAGACCUAUUACCAGCCUCCAAAGACCUGCAACCAGCCAGCAGGAACAAAGGAGCCUGUUAAAUUCCCCCUCAUCCCCCAGUGUUCCCAUCAGCUACCUCCCACCCCCAGCCUGGGAGAGGAGGAAGAAGAGGAGGUAGAUGAGGAGCAAAGCUAUAGUUCUUCAGAGGCAGAAGGAGACAAUGAAGAGGGUCUGUCUUCCAACUUAGAGUGGGCAGAGCAGCAAUGUUGCACAAAGAAGCAUCGCAAUCAAAGGGCACCACAGCCUGUUUCACAAAAUAACGAUUCAGAUGAGGUGAAGGAAAAUGAAGAAACCUGCAGAAAGAAGAAACAGCACCAGAGACAGAACAGAGGAGCCAGAGACUCAGGAGCAGUCCAGCCUCUGGAGGACAGAGAUUCAGGCUUUUCUCUCUCAGAUGGGCUGGGGAAAUCAAAAGACGCACAUGCACUGAAGUCCAUCAGGAAUAAACAAAGCAGUGAUGUGAAAGGAAGUCCUGCUGUGUUGUCCCGGCCUGGGUUCUCUUCUCCUCCUCAAGGCUUGCCCAUAGUCACUCCAAAAAAACCUAUCCAUCGUGUCUUUCACACAAACAGAGAGGAACUGAUUGAGGAAAUAAAGAUGGUGAGGGAGGAGAGAAAGCAGCUGGAGUGGACAAGGCAGGAGUUGCUAAGAAAGGGGAAGGAUUUAUUGGCUCAAAACAGACACCGCAGGAACCAAGCCCGUGACAGUUGGAAGAAGAAAUAUUUUGAAACUAAAAAGGCCACUGCGCCAUUGGAGGAAAAUCUGAGAAACCUAAGACAGGAAUUGGAGACAUUUUACAACAAACUCUUGCACCAGCUCCAGGCCAGAGAUAACAGAGGGAAGCCGAGACGACAGGGCAGAUCUUCCAUAAAGAACGAGCUCAUCAUUCAGAUCAUGACGGAGAGCCAUGAGAUUGACAACUUAAAGAGGAAGGUAGAGGAUGCCAAGAUGAAGUUGAUAACAGAGAUAAAGUUGAGGAAACAGGCUGCCACAGAGCUGAGGGCCCUGAAGGCUGAGCUGGCCCAGAAGAAGAGUCAGUCCUCUCAUCCCGGCCCCAUGUCCUCUCUGGGAUUUGGAAGUACCACACGGGAAACACCGCAGGCUCAACGAACCUCCAUCUGAUUCAGUGCAUACCACGGUUCCUACUGUUUAAGGCAAACUAGAUUAAAGUCUGUUUGGGAUUUGUUUUAAUGCCAUUCAAUUCAGGACCAAAACUGGAAAAACACAAGAAUUAUCAAUUUAUCAUGCCAGGUUUUAAACACUUCCUGCUAUAUUGAAGCACAAGUCAGGUUUUUUUAAUAUACAAAAAUAGAGGUUACCAAUUAUUUAGAGAUUUUAUUUUACAAUGUCAGACAAAAAGGAUUCAUAAAACCUGUAUUGUCAUGACAUUUGAACGAUGGAUUUAAGACAUUUUUAUACCAUUUAAGGCCUUGUUGGACAGCACUUGAUUUGUUUUAUUUUAAGCAGCUGUGCUUUCCACAUGUCAUUCUUUUUUUUACCUGAGUUUUGUGCUGAUACUUUUCCCGCUUUUUAUUAUUAUUUGUAUUACUAUUUCAUGUCUGAUGUGAUCGGAUUUCUUCACAAAGUUGGUACUUUGACUUCCUCAGGUGCUGUAAAAAAAUCGUUUAACUGGUUGUGUAGCUUCAAUAACUUACAGAAUGUUCAGAACAUAUUUUAUUUAUCAUAAGCAUAAAGCAAGAAAAAGUGGAGGAAUCUGAGUAAGCUCAAUAUCAUAAAAUCUAAAAUACUGUUUGUGUCACAUUGAAAAGAUUGGUUGUCUUUUAUUUUCUUCCAAGAAUCAGUUGUUUCAGUUUGCACAGAGGAAUGUCUGCCGUGUAACUACAUUCAAUGACAACACCAAUAAAAGCCACAAUAA